UGAAUAUUCAAAAAAAAAAAAACAAUAUUCAAAAAGAAAAAGGAGAGAGAGAAAUUCAAACAAUUCAUUCUGCAGUUUUCAUUUCUUCAAUCUCUGCGUAAAGUAAUCGGAACAGGAAUUGAUCAUGGCUUCGAAGCGGAUCUUGAAGGAGCUCAAGGAUCUUCAGAAGGAUCCCCCAACCUCUUGCAGCGCUGGCCCCGUCGCGGAGGACAUGUUUCAUUGGCAAGCUACAAUAAUGGGCCCACCAGAUAGUCCAUAUACUGGUGGUGUGUUCUUAGUUACCAUUCAUUUUCCUCCAGACUAUCCUUUCAAGCCUCCUAAGGUUGCAUUCAGGACAAAAGUUUUCCACCCAAAUAUUAACAGCAAUGGAAGCAUAUGCCUCGACAUAUUGAAGGAGCAGUGGAGCCCUGCACUAACUAUUUCCAAGGUGUUGCUUUCGAUUUGUUCUUUGUUGACUGACCCAAAUCCAGACGACCCUCUGGUACCCGAGAUUGCUCAUAUGUACAAAACAGACAGGAACAAGUAUGAAACCACUGCAAGAAGCUGGACUCAGAAAUACGCAAUGGGGUAACGGUAUUUUAGUUAUGUACAAGACAAUAUCCCUAAGUUUCAAAUUAAUAUGCUCUUUUACAUCUUAUGCUUGAAAUAUUUCCGAUCUAUAUUUCGAGUUCCUAUAAUUUGAGAAUAUAGAUAUUUGAUUGUGUUCCCCUGUGAAAGCAAAGACACAUUUUGCUCCUAAAUCUGUUGUAUGUUAUCUUCAAUUUGCGAAGACUCGAUGCAUUUAUAUGCACUAGUGAUUCCGUCACAAUUAAAAAUAUGUAUAUAGGUACAUUAAGAUGACGAAUAUAAAAAUCGAAGUUUACGGAUUUCUAUUUUUGAA